UCAGUUCAAUACCUUGAUCCACCUGAACGAGCAGCUUAUGAGUUGGAAUUGGAUAAAUAGGAAUUUGUCCGUCGGUCGUUCCCUAGCAAACUACUCACGGGUGCAAAACAACAACAACAAAAAUCAUAUGGCUGUAAAGUAAUAUUGAGGAUUAGAAAAUGACGGCUGGUCCUGAAACCGACGUCGCUCCUCCUGUGAUGAAGAUGGUAGCCGGUCUCUACGAGGACAAAGCGGAUGUCCAGGUAGGCCGCUUGCUAGAGCGCAUAGCGGAACGCCAGGAAUGGGUAGCAGAGAAUGAGCCUUGGACCGAGUUUGAGGCGGCGGGGGGCAAAGUUUUCUUCUCCAACGAGGACUCAGAAGUGCAAGUUAGUCUGCAGUUGCCCUUUUCCGUGGAGGAAUCUGCUCUGGUGGUGUGGUUCACAGAAAGAAGUAUGGAAGUUCGGAUUUUAGGGGACAAGCAGAGCAGCUCUUCCAAACGUCCGAACAUCGUUUUCCUAUGUCGAGAACUGUAUGGUACCAUCGACGCAGAAAAAUCGAGGUGGCAGUUGAAGAGCAAGGGUCUGAAGCUGAAGAUAGCACUGGUAAAGGGUCAAAGCGGUAGGUCUAUGGAUAAAUGGCAAAAGCUGCGCAGGCUUUGAUGAACAGUGACAUGUUUACACAGUGACAUGUUUACGGUCUGAUGAAAAGAUGGAGUUCUUAACCACGACCCCCAUUCUACUCUACGAAGACAGUGAAAGUACCUGAUGCAAG